CUAAGGAUACUCUAAAUUUUAUUUUGAUGAGAAAAAUUUCUGCUGUGAUAGCAUACUUAGGCGAAUUGCUUCAAUGGAACUUUUCGUGUUAUUUCCUGGUAUAGCGCGUACUCUUUCUGGUGUGACUGGUCUAGAUAAUCCAGCCUUUCAGAAGUCGGUUGAGGAUGACGUGUCGAUUAAUUACGAGAUUGAAGAUAUCUGGGCAUUGCCAGAAUUGAAGGUUGACUUUAAACCAUGGAACAAGCUUACCGGAGCAGAGAAAUUGAAGAGACUAUUUCUGCACUACAUUCUGAAGAUUGUUCUGCUGUUAUGUGCUUUGUACAUUUUCAUCUGCUCGCUCAGUUUCCUUGGUGAUGCUUUCAAACUGCUUGGAGGUAAAGCAGCUGGACAGGCUUUCUCAGAGAACGAGAUCUUGUCAAACCCAGUCGCUGGUUUAAUGAUCGGUGUUCUUGCCACUGUUUUGUUACAAAGUUCGAGCACCACGACGUCCAUUGUGGUCAGCAUGGUUGGAUCUGGGGAAUUACUGACGGUGAAACAAGCUAUUCCGAUCGUCAUGGGGGCCAAUAUUGGUACAUCUGUGACCAACACAAUUGUUUCACUUGGUCAGAUCACCAACAAGGACGACUUUCGGCGGGCUUUCGCUGGUGCCACAGUUCACGACGCAUUUAACUGGCUGACCGUGUUAGUUUUUCUGCCAAUAGAAAUCAUAACAGGGUACCUGGAAAGGUUAAGUGGUGCAAUUAUUGACAGUAUUCCAGAGUUCAGUGAGGACAUGAAGGACUUAAAAAGAGAUUAUCUAAAAGUCAUCACGAAUCCAUUUACCAAACUUAUUAUCCAGAUUGACAAGAACGUGAUCACGAAAAUUGCGAAAGGGGACGUGGAGUAUUUAGACAAAUCUAUCAUCAAGCAUGUCUGCUGUGACAAACUGGACAAUGGAACCAAAGUAAAUUGUCACACAUGCAAGUUCUUGUUUGAGGGGAUUUCCCAGCCAGGAAAAUGGAGCGACGCCGCGAUAGGGGCAAUUCUUCUUGUUAUCGCCCUUGCUCUACUCUGUGUUUGCCUCGUUCUCAUUGUCAAACUCCUGCAUUCCCUGCUGCGCGGACAAAUUGCACACAUUAUUCGAAAGUUCGUUAAUGCAAAUUUUCCUGGAAAAUGCGGUUAUUUCACGGGCUAUCUUGCUAUCCUCAUCGGCGCUGGACUGACGAUUCUGGUUCAGUCAAGUUCGAUCUUCACAUCAUCCAUAACACCUUUGGUUGGUAUGGGAGUGCUUAGUUUAGACAGGAUGUAUCCCCUGACCCUUGGCUCAAACAUCGGAACCACUGCCACGGGAAUUCUCGCUGCCUUCGCUCAAGAUCCAGAUAAGAUCCCAAAUUCGCUUCAAAUUGCGUUAUGUCAUCUCUUCUUCAACAUUUCCGGGAUUGUCAUCUUCUAUCCACUUCCGUUUUUCCGACCACCUAUCAACAUGGCGAAAUUCCUAGGAGUCCAAACUGCUAAGUACAGAUGGUUUGCAAUUGUCUACUUGAUCAUAGCCUUUUUGUUAUUACCAGCAGCUGGAUUUGGACUUUCAGUAGCCAGCUGGAUCGCACUUGCGGCAGUAUUUAUCCCAAUUGCGGUACUUAUUCUCAUCAUUAUGCUAAUCAAACUAAUACAAAACAAGCGUCCACAAUGUCUUCCGCCUGUGAUGCGCAACUGGAAAUGGCUUCCGGAACCACUGAGGUCGCUUGCACCAUUUGACCGUUUUUUGAUGAGUAUUACCGGAAACUGCUAUUGUUGUCGGAAAGUCGGCUGCCUGAAAGCAAUAACAGACGAUUCUGAUGAGAGGACACACAGGCGAACCAACAAAGAAUUCAGUGGAGUUAACAGUGAUUCAAACACGAAGUUGGGUGACGACUUCCAUGCUGUUAGCUAUGAUGACAGUUACGAAAAGAGUAGCAGUGAAACGAAAUUCGGUACUCAAGUAAUCGGUGACUCGAUGAAGAAUGAUAGUGGACCGAGUGUGAUAUCAUACGAUAAUGAAAUCAUCAGUACGAAAAUGUAGAUUGUUUAAAAUUUUAGCAAGAUUACGGUGAGAAUAUAAAUGAAAAAAUGAUGUCUUUGUUGGCAAACGCUCUGACCAUAAUGAGGGAGGGUAACAUAUAAAUCUUUAUAUUUGCACAACUUCUAAAGGAUCUGCUCUAACGAAAAAAUCGAUGUUAGAGAAGACUUUAAAACUGUUCUAGAAACAUUUUCGUUUAAAAGCGUUUGGCAUUAUUUGUAUGCCAGACUUCAUAGUUUGGACAUAACAGUUAGUUAAUUAACGAUUUGCAGAUCUGAGGGAAUGCAAAUAUGUUUUUUACGAAUCUCACAGACAUAGAUUUUAAUGAAUUAACUGAAAAAAAACUUCCGCAUUAUAUACACAAACCGACAGUUCAAAGAAUUCACACUAUCUUGGUGCAACAAAAGAAUUGUUAUAUAAAAGUUAACUUGUAAAUAUCUUGUGCAAUAUGGUGUUUUUAAUAACAUUAAGUGUUUAACAAGAGCUGUCCGUAAGACAGCCAAGCUCGACUAUUCGAAAUAUUGUCCCAGAAGCAGGAAAAUAUUACCCCAAAAGGUUAAAUAUCAAAAGAGUUUUAAGUUCAAAAGGGGGAAUAAUUUGACCAAAAUGCAUAUCAGUUAUGGGACUUGCUGCUAUCAACUAGUUUUAUAACCCCGAAGGCACAUGUGAAGUUUCAAUUCAAUAUCUGCAUUAGUUUUGGAGAUAGAAACUUGCAUGUAAAACUUUAACCAGAAUUUUCAAAGUCCAAAAGGGGGCAUAAUUUGCCCAAAAUACAUGCCAGAGUUAUGGGACUUGAUCCAGUGAGGUUAGUAAUUGAUCUAGAAAAAGAAAAAAUAAGUUUAAAAUCUAUAUGCCUUUUAGUAAUAGCUGUAUGUACUUGCACGCAAAACUUUAACCAGAAUUUGCUAAGUCCAAAAGGGGACAUAAUUUGGCCAAAAUGAAGGUCAGAGUUAUGGGACUUGACCCAGAGAGGUUGGUAAUUGACCUAGAAAAAGAAAAAAUAAGUUUCAAAGCUAUAUGCCUUUAAUUGAUUGCUGUAUGUACUUGCAUGCAAAAACCUAACCAAGGUGUGACGCCGACGCCGACGCCAGGGUGAGUAGAAUAGCUAGACUAUUCUUCGAAUAGUCGAGCUAAAAAUUGUUCAUCUUUUUUCUAAAAACUUCUAGCAUAUUUUUAACUUAUGUACAUAAUAUGGAUCUUUUUUUUUAUUUUUGAUAAUAAAAAUCAUUAUUAUGUGUCA